GGUGACGCCAAUCUCCCAUUAUGAUUUGGUAAUUGCGAGCAUACUGGUUCCGUUGAUCAGCGUUUCAAUCAGGAACUAUCGAAACUGUCCCCUUGAGAUAUCUGGAAGCCAAGUACCGCACCGAUAUCGCUGACAUACCCCCAAGAUGCGGGGUAUCAACGACUUCGACCAUGGCCUCCCGAACCAUGACAGAUGAUAGACAGGUAGUCAUGCUCGAGAAGAGGUACAAGAUUGCAGAUAUAAAUACGACGUCCUCUCUGCUUGAAAAGAGUUUCUCCUUUGUUAACAAACCGAUAUUCUGACCCUAGACGUCAUCUGCCAAAUCGGGGUUUGCGACCUGUUCCUUCUUGCCAGACACUCACCAGUCACUACACUUACCUACCAACUUGCUGAUAAUCGGAGUUGCGACUAAGCUUUCUCAUCAAACAAAAGCCGAACUAAGAAACAACAAGAACCAGAAGACAAGACAAAAUGGGCAAAACCGAGAUCCGAACCGUCUGCAAGGUCGACUUCGACAAGCCCGCCUCCGAACAGCCUCAACUCCAUAACAGAUGGCACCCGGACAUUCCCUUCGCCGGCACCAUCGCGGACGGUGAGACCGUCAAGAUCGAGUGCGUCGACUGGACGGGCGGGCAGAUCGGCAACAACGAUUCGGCAGACGACAUGAGGAACGUCGACUUGACCAAGAUCCAUUACCUGUCCGGCCCCUUUGAGGUCGAGGGCGCUCAGCCGGGCGACUUGUUGCUGGUGGAGAUCAUGGAUGUGCAGCCCUUUCAGGAUAGGCCGUGGGGGUUUACGGGGAUUUUUGAUAAGAGCAAUGGGGGUGGUUUCCUAGACGAAAUCUACCCCUCAGCCGCCAAAGCCAUCUGGGACUUCGAAGGCAUCUACGCCACCUCGCGCCACAUCCCCGGCGUCAAGUUCGCCGGCCUGAUCCACCCGGGCAUCAUCGGUUGCGCGCCCUCGGCCGAGGUGCUGGCCACGUGGAACAAGCGCGAGGGCGAGCUGGUGGCUGCUAACAAGCUUGCCGACCGCGAGGUGGCUCAUCUGCCGCAGCCCAUCAACGUGCACGCCGGCGCGGCCAGCAACGAAAUUGCGGAGAAGGUCGGCCAGGAGGGCGCGAGAACGGUCCCCGGAAGGCCGGAGCAUGGAGGGAACUGCGAUAUCAAGAACCUGAGCAGGGGCUCCAAGGUUUACCUGCCCGUCCAUGUGCCGGGAGCUAAGUUCAGUGUGGGUGAUUUGCACUUUUCGCAGGGCGAUGGCGAGAUUUCCUUCUGCGGCGCUAUCGAGAUGGCUGGUGUGAUUACUAUCAACUUCAAGGUGAUCAAGAACGGGGUGGAGGGGAUGGGGCUCAAGAGCCCCAUUUACAUUCCUGGUCCUGUUGAGCCUAGCUUUGGACCGGGGAGGUAUAUCUACUUUGAAGGGUUCUCGGUUGAUGAGCAUGGGAAGCAGCAUUACAUGGACGUAACAGUCGCCUACCGGCAAACCGUCCUGCGCUGCAUCGAGUACCUCCGCCGCUUUGGGUAUUCGGACUACCAGAUCUACCUGCUGCUCUCGUGCGCGCCCGUCCAGGGCCACGUGGCCGGCAUCGUGGACGUGCCCAAUGCCUGCACCACGCUCGGUCUGCCGAUGGAUAUCUUUGACUUUGACAUCUCGCCGGCGGCGGCGCUCAAGGCCGGGGAGACUAAGAGAGAUCUGGGUAGCUGUGCGUUCGAGACGGGCGUCACGGAGGGGAAGGUCACAAAGGGAGGGAAGAAUAGUCAGAUUAGCUUUGGUGGUGGGUUGACUUAUAAGGAGUAGGUAGGGCUGUACUAGUAUGGGAACAGUGUGGGCUGUAGGAUAGGGUAGGAAGGAAGCAAAUAUGAUUUGAUCUGUAGCGAGUUUUCGAAACGACUGUUUCCUAGUCUCAUUUACUCAGCCACCU